AUGUCUAUGGCAUCACCUCGCACCCCAGAUCGCCCUCUCGGCGAAUCCUGGAUGAUAACAUCAACUCCAUCUCUCAAGAAUGAUGAGGCAGACUCCACAAAUCCUCAAGCCUCUCUCAAAGGAAACAGCACAAACCUCACAAACACACCUGCCCCAAGAUCAGAGUUGCCGGCAUCCUCCACUUCAUCGUCAUGGACCAUAUCAGGCCCGGAGCUUAUCAUGCCCUCGAUCUGCGAGGCGCGGAAUGCAGAAGGGUCAUGGAUAGAAUACGUACCCACUCCGAAGAAAUCAGGCUCGAAUAUCAUCAGGAAAAGACGCAAAGUUCCCCUGCCAGACAGCACAAAGCUGCCAGAGCAGGAUCGCACCGGCAUCGCAGCUUCUGAUGCAGAUGCUAGUUCGUCUGCAGAGGAACCCACCGCCAACAAGGGUCCGGUUGCACAAGCCCAGCCCAUCCACCGGGACUAUACGGCUGUGGCUCGCAAGGCAAUCAAUGCAGUACUGAUCGCCCUCAUCCUACACUUACUGGUUCUCCCAGAGGUCGUCUACCAAGCCAAAGGGCUCUGCCAGCUCCCAAGUAUCAAGACACUCUACCCUAGCAGCUGCAUCAUUCUCUCUCCAACAUACCCACCUCGAACCUCCCUUCACUCACCCUCAGUUCCCCAGGAGCAGGAGGAGACUCUCGCAACCUCCCAGCGACAACUAGAAUCCAUCCUCGACACAGCCCUUGAAACCCUCGCGCCUCUAUCCGCUAUCUUGAAGCAAAGCGAAAUCAUGCUCGCCGACCUAGAAUCCCAAUUAAAGUCAACCUUCCCGGACGUUCGAAACGCCCUAGACCUCGAAUUCACCGGCAGCAACCAAGCCGUCCAAGCCGCAGUCUGGGAAUUCGACUCUUUACGAGCAGAUCUCCGCUCCGCAAUCGACAGCCUCCUAUCAUCCCCACCAACCCCAGAAAUCGGCGGCACGAUCGCACUAGACACCCGACUUGCAAAUCAACAGCGCCGACGUUCAGAGUACCUCGACCGACUGCGGGCCCAAAUCCGCAGCAAAGCCGACUCCCUCAACACGCGCUUCACAACACUAGACGACCACCUCGAAGCCGUAGACGGGAUCGUCUCACGCGAGGAGCGACGGAGUCCAUCCUUCCACAAGUACAAAUCCUCGUCAGACGACAGCAGUGACCGGCUGCACUCGAUGCUUGAAUCCCUGCCAUUAGGACCUUUCGGAGCAUAUUUGCUCCGGAAGCGAUCGUCAGGAGCUGCAGAUGCCAAUGCUGCAAUGAUGGCAGGGUCGUCAUCGUCUGCCGUGGCCUCUCUUGGCUCGCCAGAAUCUACACCCCAGCCUGCACCUCUUGCCCUCCUCCGCGUCGCGGCUACGCAUCACCGUCCUGUGGCAGACUCAGUUCUGCGGCUGUCACGUCAGUUAGGCGAUCUGCGGCGUGCGACGGGGACGGGAUCCACUUGGUGA